AUGGCAAUAAAAGGAAAAUUUGGAAUCUUCGAGAGCAACUUAGAGACUUGGGACACAUAUUUGGAAAGAUUUGAUGUUUUUUGUACUGUUAAUGAUAUAGCAGAUGAUAAGAAAGCUGUGAAUUUAUUGAAUUAUAUGGGUGCUAAGACUUAUGGAUUAGCAAAGGGGUUGUUACAUCCUACAAAAGCUGCAAAUGCAACAUUUAAACAGAUAUCUGAUAAAUUAAAGGAACACUUGAAUCCAGCACCAUUGUUCUUAUCUGAGCGUUUUGCAUUUUAUAAAAGGGACCAGCAGUUAGAAGAAACUGUGGCACAAUUUCUGGCAGAGCUAAGAACAUUAGCUGUAUUUUGUAAAUUUGAUGAUUUUUUAAAUCAAGCAUUACGGGAUAGAUUUAUUUGUGGAUUGAAAAGUGAGACUCUAUUACAAAUACUGUUAGCUGAGGGUGAUAUAGAUUUGUCCAAAGCAUUUACAAUGGCUAUGUCAUUUGAGAAAGCCCAAGAGGGCGUGGCAGCCAUACAACAGAAGAGUCCAGAGUUUGAAACCCAUAAAUUAUUACCAAAGGCUGAGAGAUGUGUCCGGUGUGGAAAAACCACUCACCAUCAGAAAGAUUGCUGGUUUAAAGAUAAAAUAUGUAAUGGAUGUGGAAAAGUGGGUCACAUUGUACGGGCUUGUAGGUCAAAGAAGCCUGGUAGAAGUGAACACUAUAGAGCAAGGACAUUGGGGGCUGAGGCCAAGUUAGUCCAUGAAGUUAGGGAAAGUAGUGUAAGCAACAGUUGUAGUGACUCAGACUUAGAAGCAAGAGAAGUAAGUUGCUUAAAGAUUAAAGCAGUGCAGAAGUCGACAGAACUGGAUACAAUGUGGGUAAGGUUGACCAUUUCAGGAGUUUCAUUGAAACUAGAAUUGGAUACUGGUUCAGCGUUAACGGUGAUAAAUGAGAAAGAUUAUUAUAGGUAUUUUUCACAAGAACGGUUGCAGAAGACUAAUAUUGCUUUAAAAACUUAUACGGGUCAAAAGCUACUAUAUCAAUUACUGAGGGGUCUGCCCCCAAGUUUUUUUAAACCUCGACCAGUACCUUUUGCAAUUAGACCAGCAGUGGAAGCUGAAUUAGAUAACUUAGAGCAACACGGAGUGCUCUCAAGGAUAGAUUGGAGUGAAUGGGCUACACCUAUUGUGCCGGGUAUGAAAAAGGCUUUGCUGGAUGGCCCGGGAUUAGCACAGAAAGUACGUAUUUGUGGUGAUUUUAAAGUUACAGUGAAUCCAGUGUUAAAAGUAGUACAAUAUCCAUUGCCAAAGAUUGAUGAGAUUUUUGCCUCAUUGGCAGGAGGGCAACAUUUUUCUAAAAUAGAUCUGGCACAAGCAUAUUUGCAGAUGGAGGUAGAGGAAGAUUCCAGACAUUACCUGACGAUUAAUACGCAUAAAGGCUUGUAUAGGUAUAAUAGGUUGGUUUUUGGGGUAGCUUCGGCGCCGGCUAUGUGGCAGAGAGCCAUGGAGCAGGUGCUGCAAGGUAUUCCAGGUACCCAAUGUUACUUGGAUGAUAUUUUGAUCACAGGUAGGACGGUGGAAGAACACCUCUCCAAUUUGGAACGGGUGUUGGGCAGGUUAAAACCUUGUGGCCUUAGGGCUAACAAGGCCAAGUGUGACUUCUUCAAGGAACAACUGGCGUAUUGUGGACAUUUGAUUGAUAGACAUGGGUUGCAUAAAUCACCAGACAAAAUUGCUGCGGUGGUAAAUGCGCCAGCUCCGGUGAAUGUGUCACAGUUACGCUCAUUUCUGGGACUGAUAAAUUACUAUCAUAAAUUUUUGCCAAACUUAUCUGCUAUCCUGUAUCCAUUAAAUGGAUUGUUAAAAUCAGGGGUGAAAUGGAAUUGGUCGUUGGAAUGUGUGAAGGCAUUUGCUGAUAGUAAGGCCUUGAUUACAUCAAGGAAGGUGCUUGCACAUUUUGAUCCAGCAAUACCAAUUAAGCUGGCUUGUGAUGCAUCUCCUUAUGGUAUAGGUGCAGUGCUUUCACAUCAGUUUCCAGGGGGUCAUGAACGACCAAUUGCAUUUGCAUCAAGGUCAUUGUCCACGGCUGAAAAGAAUUACGCCCAAAUUGAUAGGGAGGCUCUUAGCCUUGUAUGGGGUGUUAAAAAAUUUAAUCAUUACUUAUAUGGACAGAAAUUUACAUUGAUCACGGAUCAUCAGCCGUUGGUUUCGAUAUUUAAUCCAAAAAAGGGGGUGCCCUUGAUGACGGCACAGCGCUUGCAGAGAUGGGCCUUGUUUUUGGGUGCACAUCGUUAUGACAUCCAGUAUAGAGGCACAAAGUUGCAUGGGAAUGCAGAUAGUUUGUCAAGAUUGCCAUUACCGAUUGUAAGUGAUGUACCAAUGACUGAUGUGGCAGAAUUGUUUCAUAUGUCCAUUUGUGAAGUGUUGCCAGUGGAUAACAAACGUAUAGAGCGUGAGACAAGGAAUGAUAGGACUCUUUCAGGGGUAUAUGAUGUAACAGUACGAGGGUGGCCAGCGGAAGGAGAUUCUCGUUUUCCUCAAUAUUCAGCAAGAAGAGAACAAUUGUCUACGUGCAGGGGUACCGUGAUGUGUGGUUCUAGAGUGGUGAUCCCCCAAAAGUUACAGAAACAAAUCUUGGAGGAACUACACGUUGGUCAUCUAGGAUGCACUAAGAUGAAAAGUCUGGCUCGUGCAUAUGUAUGGUGGCCAGGUAUUGAUGGCCAGAUUGAGGAAUUGGCCAAAAAUUGUUCUGGCUGUCGGCUUGAGCAGAAGACACCUCCAUUGGCCCCUAUCCAUCCAUGGGAAUGGCCGUCUGGUCCAUGGAAACGGGUUCAUAUUGAUUAUGCAGGACCCUUUCAAGAAUCUAUGUUCCUGGUGGUAGUAGAUGCGCAUUCGAAAUGGCCUGAGGUUAUAAAGAUGUCCUCGACUACGUCUCAGAAGACGAUUGUGACGUUACGAACAAUUUUUGCAAGGUAUGGUUUGCCUGAACAAAUAUGUUCGGAUAACGGGCCUCAAUUUGUAUCUGAAGACUUUAAGAAGUUUCUGAAGACUAAUGGCAUUAAACACUAUACGUCGGCACCUUAUCAUCCAGCAACAAAUGGACUGGCGGAGCGUUUUGUACAGACCUUUAAGAAGGCGCUUAAAGCAAUGAAACAUGAGGAUCUGCCUAUGCAACAUAAAUUGGACAAUUUUUUGUUCAACUAUAGAAAUGCGGUUCAUGCUGUAACAGGUCAAUCACCUGCGAUGGUGUUUUUCAACAGACAGUUGGGUUCCAAAUUGGACUUAGUUCGUCCUGAUCUUAGAAGACAAGUGGAACAGAAAGUGUUCCAUUGUGCACCUCAACGUCUUACCAGGAGUUUCCAGGUUGGUGAAGCUGUACUUGCCCGCGAUUAUAGAAACCAGAAAUGGCAGCCGGGAGUUGUUGCGGAGGUACAAGGACCUCUAAUGUAUGCAGUCAACAUGGCCGAUGGCCAGAUUCGCCGGCAUGUGGAUCAAAUCGUACAGUCUACUAUUGCUCCUCAUCUGGAACCUCGGUUAAGUGCUUCGGAUCAGCCAGUAUCAAUGGGGGGCCAAUGGUCGAAUAAGGAAUUGGAACCUAUGGUGCCUAUGUCUUGUUAUCCUGUUCUAGCUGCCAAAGAAGCACCUAUGCCUUCGUUGGAUAUUUCACCAGCUAAAGUAGCAGUACAGGUUCCUGACCAGGUGGUUGCAAUACCAAAACAGGUGUUCCCUAGCUCGGAAGUGCGGUGUUCGCCUGUAGAAUCUGGAUUAAGACGCUCAACCAGAAUAUCAAGGCCGCCACAGAGGUUGAUUGAUGAACUUUGA